GCGCGGCCCAUUGUGUACGUUGCCCAUGCGUCGUCAAUGUGCGUUAAUAGUAAUCAAUGCAGUUUCCCAUUUCCUCAAAAGUAUCUUUGGACAUUCAGCCUACUUUCACGCUAUCCUCGAGUUGGGACAUCCCUGCCCCCAUUCAAGUUCCCAUUUAAUUUGGUUAAGCAGGUGAUGGCCUUGCGUGCGUGUGGAUUCAUUGUGUUUCGUCGGCUGGCACAGUCUUCACCUCCCCCUGACAACAUUGAGUACCUCCUCCUACAGACUUCAUAUGGCAAGCACCACUGGACCCCACCCAAAGGCCACGUGGACCCUGGGGAGGAUGAUCUCACCACCGCUCUGAGAGAGACGCAGGAAGAAGCAGGGCUGCGUGAGGAGCAUCUGCAGGUGGUGGAUGGCUUUCUCCAGGAGCUGCGCUACGAGGUGAGAGGGCGGCCCAAGACUGUUCUGUACUGGCUCGCAGAGCUGAGGGACCCCAAGAUGGCCGUCACGUUGUCGAAGGAGCACCAGGACUACCGCUGGGCCAAGCUGGAGGAGGCCUGCUCCCUGGCCCAGCAUAAAGACCUACAGGACACCCUGAGGGCAGCACAGCAACACCUAGACCCAGAGCAAGGGAAAUAUUAAGACACUAAUACACACAAUGUUGUGCUAGGAAUUGUGAAGAGCAAGCUGCAAAAGCAAGUCUCUAGCUUUAAAAAACGUGUUUGUAACCUCGUCCCCAGGCUAUUGGGCACAGAUGCGCGAGACUAGUGUCUGUGGGACUGCACAGCCUUGAUAAUUAAUGGAACAGAAAGUGUGAAUCUAAAGUGAGUUAUAAUUCCUAAUUCUAUGGUGGUAAUUUGGUCUGAGCAAGUCAUUGAACCCCUGUGUCACAUACUUAUACCCCCAAGGAACUGCCACCAAACUAAGGGUCAGAAAAGGAUAACCUCUGUACUUUAUUGACUACCCCUGUGCUUGGGAAUCAGUGGCCAAAUCAUUCAAUAGACACAAUAAGUGUUUUAUGUGUUAACAUUGUGUGAUGACCAAUAACCUUUUUGUCUUCCACUUUAAACAAGAUUAAAAACCAUCCCUUAAA